UCACUCUAUGCGUCCUUGUGGUGUUGAGAGCAAACGAGGCCUAACAAUUUGCCAAUUCAAAAAACGUCUGAGCAGCGUCUGCUAUUGGGUUUUGUGACGUUCACCUUUGCCUCAUCACCUUUCGAGAUCUGCUAGUCCGUCGAGAAGAAUCAUCACAACCAUGUCUUCUCGAUCACUGACUUUCCUCGACCUGCCGACUGAGCUUCGAGUAUUGGUGUACGAGCGACUCUUUGACGACAAGAAUCAACUACAAGUCUGUCAUCCACUUCGCUGUGCUUCGCGCAAAGUCCACGAUGAAGUUACCCCUCUGAUGUUGCAUAGACUGCGUCUCACAGUCAAACAAGCGGGGCGGCGUCAUAAGACCAUCUAUUCUGUCGGCGUGCCAUCAUGGACAUGUCAGAUUGACCAUUCGCGUCAACGAUUCUGCACAAACCGUCUGGCCUCAUGGGUCGAACAUUUUGGCGAGAUCAACCUUUUGCGCAGCAAUUGCACCAAGCUCUGUUUCACGCUCCGUAAGAGACCGGGAGACCCAGCAGACGUAUAUUUUCUGCGAAACGGACGUGAGCUGCCGUGGGAAGUCUUGAAUGAAGCAAAAAUCCUCUUCGAGGCCGGAUACGAUCCUCGAGUACUCAAAAUUCGUUCUCUGUCUGAUAUUGACAAUAUCAUGGCACAUGCAGAGACUUGUGGUAAAGAAGCAAUGCAUGCUGCCUAGCCUACUUGAACUGUGGUAUGCUUCGUCACCUCACUCCUGACCCCCGACCUCGUGGCCAAAGCGUCCACCUAUCCUGGGAAUAUGCAUAUGCACUCCAUCACGUG